ACGAUCACACUAUCCGGAAUAUCCCGAUCAGCGCCCUACAUCAGAUAAAGCCCGCACUUAAAUAACGCACGUGCACUGCACGCGCCCAAGACUCGUAUUUAAUGGCAUCUCCCUCCCAUUCCCGCCCAGAGACCGGGAGAGAGAACGAGAAACCGAGAGAAGCAGAGGAGUCAUAUCCGCGUCGAUGAGGUGGGCGGCGGCCGCGUUCGUCGUCUUCUUGGUGGCUCUCUCCUUCGUCGGCCCCAGCGGCCGUAGCACCCAAAAGAAGCCCAACCCCUCCUCCUCCACCACCACCAAUGCCUCCUCCAGUUCGGGCCUUCCCAAGUUUCUUUUUCGAUUCCAAGAAGACGAGGAGGAGGCUUCCUCCUAUUCCUCCUGGUCGGCGGCGGCGGCGGCAGGUCCAUUGGAGUACGAUUUCUACCGCGAGAAAUGCCCACAGGCCGAGGAGAUCGUCAGGUCCACCACGACUCAGCUCUACUCCCAGAACGCCAGCGUCGCCCCCGCCCUCCUCCGUCUCCUCUUCCACGACUGCUUCAUCCGAGGCUGCGACGCUUCAGUCCUCUUGGACCGCAUCAAUGGCUCCUCCUCGGAGAAAGACGCUGCCCCGAACCACACCCUCAGGGGCUUUGACGCCGUCGACGCCAUCAAGGCCCGGGUGGAGGCCGUCUGCCCAGCCACCGUCUCCUGCGCCGACAUCCUGGUCCUGGCCACACGAGACGGCCUCGUCCUGGCCGGAGGGCCCUUCUACCCGGUCCUGACGGGAAGGAGAGACAGCGAGCGGAGCUUCUUCGACGAGGCCCAGCUCCAGAUCCCCGCCCCCGACGACAACUACCCCCAAACCCUCGCCAAUUUCGCCAGCCGAGGCUUCACCGAGCGCGAAACCGUCAGCCUCUUAGGGGCGCACAGCAUCGGGAAGCUGCACUGCCGGUUUUUCCGGCACCGGCUGUACAACUUCUCCGGGACCGGCGAGCCGGAUGGGUCGAUGGACGUGGAGAUGGCGGCGGAGAUGCGGGCCGCGUGCGGGGCCGGCGACGGCGCCGCCGCCGCCGUGGGUUACCAGCCGGAGGGGCGGUUCGGGAACCACUACUACGGGCGACUGCUGGAGGGGCGAGGGAUUCUCCACGCGGACCAGCAGCUGACGGCGGGCCGGACGGUGAGGUGGGUGCAGGCGUACGCGGCGGAGGGCGACUCCGGGCUGUGGGCGUUCCGGGCCGACUUCGCCCACGCCAUGGUCAAGCUCUCUGGGCUCGGCCCCCUCUCCGGAUCCCAAGGCCAGAUCCGGACCCGUUGCUCUCAGCCGGUGUGAAUCUUUGAUUCCCACGACUGAUGGUGAACUUUUGUUGUGAAUCUAUGCUUCCCAAGACUGAUCGCGAAUUCUUGUUACUCGUAAGAAAAAUUACUCCUACGUCUAAUGAUCACCGUUUUUGUAAAUUUUCCCCAAGAGAACCAUUGUUGAGCCUUGUGAGACCUGAGCAGGGCCUGUUUGGAUGGCCGGGAAAUUUGUCCCUCAAAUGAGAUGUGCUUUGAGAUUAGGGUUUAUCAUAAAUUGGGGAUUUGUAUGACAAGUUUUUGCCAGACGGCAUAUAAAAAUCGGGAUAACUGACUCCUAUUAUGAGGCAAGUUCCCAAGUUCCAAUCAUUGUAGGACUCUAAAUGAAUUUUUUUUCUCAUUUUUUUGUUAACAUCUUGUCGAAAA